AUGUAUAUUUUGCUAUCAUCUUUUAUUUCUUCUCUCAUGCCCCCCUCCCUUUCAAUUUCCUGCUUUUCCAAAGGCAUCCUUUUUAUUUUUAUUACCUUUUCUUACACAUUCACUCGCUUUUUUGACUUUUAUAUCAUAUUUUCCUUUAUGCAUUUUCUUUUUUAUUUACUAUUUCUCUCUAUUUCUUUUUUUGACUUUUAUAUCAUCUUUAUUUUCCUUUCUCUUUCCUUCAUCUUUUUCAUCUUUUUAUCUUUCUCUUUCCUUCAUCUUUCUCUUUCCUUCAUCUUUCUCUUUCCUUCAUCUUUCUCUUUCCUUCAUCUUUCUCUUUCCUUCAUCUUUCUCUCUCAUAUUUCUCUCUCCAGUUCACAACCUACCCCUUUACAGCUCUCUCCAGUUCACAACCUACCCCUUUACAGCUCUCUCCAGUUCACAACCUACCCCUUUACAGCUCUCUCCAGUUCACAACCUACCCCUUUACAGCUCUCUCCAGUUCACAACCUACCCCUUUACAUCUCUCUCCAGUUCACAACCUACCCCUUUACAGCUCUCCAGUUCACAACCUACCCCCUUUACAGCUCUCUCCAGUUCACAACCUACCCCUUUACAUCUCUCUCCAGUUCACAACCUACCCCUUUACAUCUCUCCAGUUCACAACCUCCCCUUUUACAUCUCUCUCCAGUUCACCCCUUUACAUCUCUCUCCAGUUCCAACCCCUUUACAGCUCUCUCCAGUUCACAACCUACCCCUUUACAUCUCUCUCCAGUUCACAACCUACCCCUUUACAUCUCUCUCCAGUUCACAACCUACCCCUUUACAUCUCUCUCCAGUUCACAACCUACCCCUUUACAUCUCUCUCCAGUUCACAACCUACCCCUUUACAGCUCUCUCCAGUUCACAACCUACCCCUUUACAGCUCUCUCCAGUUCACAACCUGCCCCAAAGUUCUCACCUUGA